AUGCCCGAUCAGUGGAGGAAUGACCCUUGUGGAACGGAGUUCUUUCCAAGUGAGAGCGGCUCGCCCAAAAUCGAAGAAGCAAGGGGGUUCACAAGGCAGCUAUUUGGGCUACCUCUAAGCAACGAGAGUCCAACAUUUGCUCCCGAUAACUCUCACCCGGUUCAGAAGCCUGUAUCACGCGUGGAAAGGGAGAACCCGAGGGAGUUUCAAAUAAACCAAAUCCGCCGUAGGUUCAACCCGACGGAGCGCCAUGACACCCAUGACACUCAUCUGACGUUCAAUAUGAGACCAUCGGAUCCGGACUUUUCCUGCGAUAUUGUCGGCUUAGAUUGCAUUUUAAACGUCCCCGCGACCUAUCCAACCUAUGGAGAACCAUCUCUAGAGGUAAUAAACGGAGAUCUAGACACGGAUAAAAGAAGGCUUGUGGAACAAAAGUUCAAGCAACUUUCUAAGGAUGCCAAGUCUGGUAACCUAUUGUAUUGCAUGAAUGCCCUCGACAGGCAUCUUGCAAAUCUUCUUUCUGCCACUCCCGUUUCGGAGACAUAUGAUCCCAUAAACCAAAAGGGGCUGGUGUCCUCUUCUUCGACCUUGGAUUAUAAUGUUUCUUCAGGAAUGAGUAACCGGAAAAAAACGGUAUCCAUGGCAUCAACGAUAAGAGAUCCCCAAAGAAGAGUGAAAGAAAUUGAGCAGUUGAAGUCCCGCUUGGGCAAACACCCUUUAUUCCUGGCGCAUUCAGAUGGAAUCAGAUUUACUAUUGCCAUUAAGCCAUUUCAGCAAAUGUUGCUACCGAAUGCUCUUAGGGAUUUAAAAACUAUAACCCUCAUAGUGCCGUCAAGUUAUCCCAGUGAGCCGUGUCGAAUCACGAUUCCCGAAAUUAAUGAUAGUUCUGCCCGAUUUACGGAACAAGCAUUCUAUCAACAUUCUACGGAUAAUCCUGGAGUCAGUCUAACUGCCCAUAUUAACUACCUCGCAGCAAUGAUGCACAAAAUAUCAUAUCAACAAUCCGUUGAGCUAGAGAUAGGCCUUCAUGAAGAUUUGGGUGGAGUAUCCCUGGAAGAAUAUCCUCCUGACAAUGACUCGCCACCAUCACUGCAUGUAGAAACGUCCGCAUUAACCGCCGUUCACGCAGAGGCCCACAAUCUAGAAGAUAAAUCUCAUAUCCAAGUUAUCCCUAGACCCCCUGAGUGGGAGACCCCUGAGGAGAAUGACGGCGAAGCAAGCGAUGAGCAGCCAGUUAUGAAUGAACCUAAACAUGGUGGGGGUGGCCGUAAGGUCCUAAUAUCAUGCCCAGCGCUUGAGCUUCAAGGGAUUGAGCUGCUUGAGUUAAGGAAUCUGUCCCUGACCCUUAGAUGUGCUCGAUGCAAGAAAUUACAGGACAUAAAAAAUAUUAAAAUUGGGGACGAUGGCUAUAGUAUUCCUCAUGAUAGGGUUGAAAGUUGUCAGAAGUGCUCAAAUCGCCUCAGUGCAGGUUUCUACCGCGAGCUCAUGCAUGCUGGCGUGAACCGGGCGGGUACAUUAACCCUCGAAGGAUGCACUCCUGCGGAUUUACUUCCAAGCAAUUUUACCCCGACAUGUUCAAAAUGUUCCACCACAUAUCCAGCACCAGGCGUCACAGCCUUCCAAGGAGAUGCCUCUAUGGCGUUUUGCCGCGCCUGUCACCAGAAAAUGAGCUUUAAACUUCCUGAUACUAAAUUUUUACUCGUUGGUGAUGUUCAUGAUCUUUCCAAGGUCUUUCCGGGGAGAUUUAUUUUCCCAAAUAUUUUACGCCCGGGUCGGCAGCACAAAAAGGAAGUGAACUACCUCGUCAAGGGGGAUGUGUUCAUUACAGCAAGAGCCAUAGGUGGUUUAGAUUCAGCUGCUGUUCAAGGGUAUUCCCCUGCGAUAGGCAAGUGCCACGAUAACUCAUCAGACCAUCCAUACGAACAUGCGAACCGAAUGAUCUGUGGAUUCUGUUCUCGUGAACAACUAUAUCGACCAGAAACCUGUGGACUCUGCCGAUCUUUGCUUGUUGAUAAAGCUACGACUGGUUUCUGGGAGGGAGGAAAGGGAACUAGAAAUAAGCAAUUGAUGAAUAGGAAAGACCCGCGGAAGUACAAGAGGCCUGAUUCAGCUGCGCCAGGGCCAUCAAAUACUAGAUAG